AUGAAGAAUAGUGGCGAAGGCGGAGAGGGCGGGAAAGUAAUAGUAAAACGUUCGCAAACAGCGAGGCCGGCUUAUCAGCUUUAUUUAUUGCAAUGGGAAACCGCAGCCGGGAGCGCUUUCGGAGCUUUUCCAGAGCUUAACUCGACCGUGGCCGGGAGCUUUCGUACGGCCAGGUUGCAGGCGAGGGUCGUCACGAACGAGCAAAAUUUCACUUCCAUCGACAUGGAACGAUUCAGCCGUACCGAGGAGUUCCUACCCCGGCCGGGAACAGCAGACCCCAGUCUUGCCGUGGCGGUCGCCGAGUGCGCGACGGCUCCGUUUUCCUUUUCCCUCGCGUUCCCGCUGCUCUUUUUUGUCCGCUCCGCUUCGAGAACCGCGGAGCGACCUCCGGCACUGUGUGAUACAGAUUUCGGUACACGUCGCGUCGAUUUCUUGGUGAACGUCCAACCCCCGGUGCCGCGGGGAUCUGAAGAAGAAGAAAGUGCGCAAGGUCCACGGUGUGGUGGCGUGGUGAGGAUGGACCCGUGCGAAGAGGGCCGCGCGACAGAGACGAGGCACGCCGAGGCCGCGGACUCGAUCGCGUAUCGCGCGCCACGCGGGAUUAGGAUGCAGUGAUCGGGGGAGGGUGGUGGUGGUGUGGUGCGAGGUCAGGUGAGAGGAGGUCCACGAGAGUGGACAACGACGAUGCAUC